AUGGACAUGUACACUUUUUCGAACGCAGCAAAGAGCGUGAAGGGAAUCCCUAUCAAUGACUCGGAAUCCUCGCUCAGUACGGCAGUUCAUGGGCAGCAGGUGGCGCCGGACCGUUACCAGGCUACUGUCUGCAACAUAACGAAACAGUCACUGAAAAUCCGAACAUGGAAUGUAAGAAAACUGUUCCAAAGUGGGAAGCUGGAUAAUGUGAAGCUAGAAAUGACACGACUGAAGGUAAAUAUCCUAGGAAUAUGUGAAACGAAGUGGACGGGCAGCGGUGAGUUCAACAGCGAUAAUUUCAGGGUGCUAUAUUCAGGUGGAGUAAAACACGAACGAGGAGUUGCUAUGAUACUGGGCAGAGAAAGCGCGAAGAGCUUGCUAGGAUGGUGGGCUCUGUCAGAUAGAGUCAUGCUGAUAAAGUUGAAAGGUAAACAAAUGGAUCUCAGCAUCAUUCAGGUAUAUGCACCAACAACUGCAAGUAGUGAAGAAGAGAUCGAUGAAUUCUACGACACAUUGGAGAAAGCUAAAACGCAAUGCAAGUCUACGGAUGUCACAGUCAUAAUGGGGGACCUAAAUGCAAAGAUAGGAAACGAGGCAGAUGGAGGAACAGUUGGAAAAUUAUGGAUAUGGCGGAGCCCGGGAGACGUUGUUAAGAACCAGAUUGACUACAUUGCUAUCAAGAAACGGUAUAGGAGUACAAUUAAGCACUCAAAGGCAUACCCAGGAGCAGACUGUGGUAGUGAUCAUAUCCCAGUUAUAUGCGAGUUAAAGGUUAAGCUUAAGACAAUCAAGAAAGGAAAGACAAUACCAAGAAUGGAUGAUAAGGCGCUGGUAUCGGUAGCAAAAGAACUUAUACCUAAACGUGAGAAAAAGUCAAAGAGCAAGUGGAUGACGAAUGAGAUCUUGGACAGAAUGUGCUCGAGGCAACAGCUUUACAACCGCGGAAGCAGUGAGUACAAGCAAGCGAGCAAGGAAAUAAGAAAGAAAUGUAGAGAAGUCAAAGAGAUCUGGCUUAAUGAACAAUGUGAAGAAAUUGAAAGACACAAAACCAACGAACCAGGCGCAAUGUACAGGAAGAUUAAGGAAGUAAUGGAUUUCAAAGGUUGUUCUUCUACAGGAUGCAUAAGAUCCAAGAAUGGAGAAGUCUUAAUGGAAAAGGACAAAAUCCUUGAACGCUGGACAAGAAUACAUUGGUGA